AUGGGUGUUGUGGUCAACACUUUCUUGGAGCUGGAAUCCCAUGUAAUGAGCUCAUUUUUUGAUGGCUUGACCCUUCCGAUAUACCCAGUGGGGCCUAUUUUGAGGCUCCAACGUGAUGAAGGUGACAAAGGGUUAGAUAGGGCUCGUGAGAAAGAGGAGAUCAAGAAGUGGCUUGAUGAUCAACCUCCAUCAUCCGUGGUGUUCUUGUGUUUUGGAAGCAUGGGAAGCUUUGACGAGGAUCAGUUGAAGGAGAUUUCAAAGGCAUUAGAACAUAGUGGCCAUCGAUUUUUAUGGUCCCUACGUCGAGCUCCACCAAAGGGUACGAUUGUAUUCCCUAGUGGUUAUGAUAAUCCAAAGGAAAUAUUGACGGAUGGAUUCUUGGAUCGAACGUCUAUGCUUGGAAAAAUCAUUGGAUGGGCUCCACAAACAGACAUCUUGGCUCAUCCAGCAGUUGGAGGAUUUGUAUCGCAUUGUGGAUGGAAUUCUAUACUAGAAAGCCUAUGGUUUGGUGUGCCAAUUGCUGCCUGGCCAAUAGAUGGGGAGCAACAAUUAAAUGCCUUUCAAAUGGUGGUUGAGUUAGGAUUAGGUGUGGAAAUUAAAUUAGAUUAUAGGAAGGAUUUUUUGAGUGAUGAUGAAGUUAAAAUGGUGACUGCUGAGGAGAUAGAAAGAGGUAUAAAUAGUUUGAUGCAGAGUAAUAGUGAAAUAAAGAGAAAGGUGAAAGAGAUGAGUGAAAAGAGCAAGAAAGCCUUGAUGGAAAGUGGAUCUUCACACACUUCAUUUGGUCAUUUUAUUGACAAUUUGAUGAGCUAG